AUGCCGAGUUGCUUCAGUGUGUAUGUUGCGCUGGUUCUUUUGAUUCCCGUGCUUCUUUCUCUGCGAAACCCAAGAGGUGAAAGUGAACAACAUGCCUCGAUUAGUUUUUCACCUCCUUUCUCUUUUUCAAUCUCUUCACUGUCUUCGAGGGAUGCUUCCGUCGCUUUUUCUUUCAGCGAGAGGAUACGAGAUGGGUCCAAUUUAGAGUACGAUUUUUACCGGGAUUCUUGCCCUGAGGCUGAAACCAUUGUCAGAUCAGUCGUGACUCGCAUCUACUAUGAUCAUAAGGACAUUUCACCGGCUCUUUUGCGUCUCUUUUUCCAUGACUGCUUCAUUGAGGGCUGUGAUGCUUCAGUGUUGUUGGAUGAUAGCUAUGGUAAAAAAAACCGAUCGAUUGAGAAACAGGCUCUUCCCAACCAGACUUUGAGAGGCUUCGAUUAUGUUGACUUGAUUAAGAAGGAGCUGGAACAAACAUGUGUCGGGACUGUGUCCUGUGCCGACAUUCUUGCUCUUGCUGCAAGAGAUGGCGUUGUUUUGGCUGGUGGGCCUUUUUAUCCAGUUUUGACAGGAAGAAAGGAUAGCUUUCAAUCAUUUUAUGAGGAAGCAAAUAAUCAGAUUCCAAGACCAGAUGAUAACAUUAACCAAACACUACGCCUGUUUGCUCUCAGAGGAUUCGACGAAAGAGAAACAGUCAGCCUUCUUGGAGCACACAACAUUGGGAAAAUUGGCUGUGAUUUCAUCAAGCAACGACUGUACAACUUUCACGGCACAGGAAGACCAGACCCUUCUAUCCCUUCUGAUUUCCUGCAUCAGAUGAGAAUAAAUUGCCCAGACAAAAUGAACAGUAGUGAUGAUAAGGUGUCAGCUGCUUUCUUCUCCAGGAGGUUGAGUCAGUCUGAUCUGGGGAUGUCAUACCUGCAAGCAUUGUCAUCUUCAGUAUCAUCUGGGUCAAAAUUUGACACACACUACUAUGAGAGCUUGCUAAGGGGAAGAGGACUUCUGUAUGCUGAUCAGCAGCUGAUGGCUGACGACAAGACCGCUAGACUGGUUUCCGCUUAUGCUUCAGAUGAUGGAUCAACCUUCCGCAUGGAUUUUGCUAGGGUCAUGUUGAAAAUGUCUAAUCUAGAUGUUUUGACUGGGACUCUAGGUGAAGUUCGUCUGAAUUGCUCUCUACCUGUAAGAAGAACAGUAUAAGAGACCACAGAUCAGUCAUGCUU